UUCAUUGGCUUUCCCCAUACAGACUGAUGAAUGCAACCAAUCAUCUAGUGCCGUUCACCCGGCACCGUGAUGGUGGAAGUGGAGCCUUGGAGUGGGUGAGAAAACUCGAGACAGAGGCAUCCAAGGCUGACAGGAUGUCCGAUAAUAGUCGGCCAUUCUGGAAAAAGAGUACAAAAUUACCGGGCAGUAUACAGCCUGUGUAUGGUGCCCAGCAUCCUCCUCUUGAUCACCGGCUUAAUAAGAGUUUUUUAUCUGAUCGCACAAGGGGACACCCACUUCAUCAUAAGAACAGAAAGGCCUCCAGUUUCCAUGAGUUUGCAAAGAACACAAGUGAUGCAUGGGAUAUUGAAGACGAUGGAGAAGAGGUUCAACACACUCCGACAUAUCAACCCCUCAACUCCAAGGUGGCACAAGUGACCGCUGCACAGGUCAUAGAAAGUCAUUUAAAAUUGCAAGAAGAGGCUCCUUUUCAGACUGCUGUGAUAAAAUCAAUGAGUGAAGACCAUCUGCAUAGGACAACCACAGGUGUGCUUACACCAUCAAUUUAUUCUAAGGGCUCGAUGAUUGAAAGCUCUCUGGAUGAUUCUUCUAACAGAAACCCUCUACAGAAGCAGCAGUCCCUCCCACUCCGCCCUAUCAUCCCACUUGUGGCCAGAAUAUCUGACCAGAAUGCAUCUGGAGCACCCCCUAUGACAGUGAGGGAAAAAAGUCGUCUUGAGAAAUUCAAGCAGCUGCUUUCUUCUCCUAGCACUGACUUGGAUGAGCUGAGAAAGUGCAGUUGGCCAGGGAUUCCUCGAGAAAUACGCCCCAUUACCUGGAGACUUCUCUCGGGCUAUCUACCAGCCAACAACGAGCGGCGCAUGCUGACUCUUCAGCGUAAGCGGGAGGAGUAUUUCGGCUUCAUAGAACAGUAUUAUGACUCCCGUAACGAGGAGCAUCACCAGGAUACAUACAGACAGAUUCAUAUUGAUAUUCCAAGGACCAACCCCUUAAUCCCACUAUUUCAGCAGCCUCUUGUUCAAGAGAUCUUCGAGAGGAUUCUGUUUAUUUGGGCAAUACGGCACCCUGCAAGUGGAUACGUGCAAGGAAUAAAUGAUCUGGUGACACCAUUCUUUGUCGUAUUCCUGAACGAACACGUGGACGAGGAUGUGGAGAACUUUGACGUAGGAAGCCUCUCCCAGGAUACACUGCGGAACAUUGAAGCCGAUAGUUUCUGGUCCAUGAGCAAACUGCUGGAUGGCAUCCAGGAUAACUACACUUUUGCUCAGCCUGGAAUCCAAAAGAAAGUGAAGGCUCUGGAGGAGCUUGUGAGUCGCAUUGAUGAGCAGAUCCACAAUCACUUUCGGAAAUAUGAAGUCGAGUACCUGCAAUUUGCAUUCCGAUGGAUGAACAACCUGCUAAUGCGGGAACUUCCUUUACGCUGCACUAUUCGGUUGUGGGAUACUUACCAGGCGGAACCUGAAGGGUUUUCACACUUCCACUUGUAUGUUUGCGCUGCUUUUCUGAUCAAAUGGCGCAAAGAAAUCUUGGAUGAAGAGGAUUUCCAGGGACUUCUUAUGUUGCUACAGAACCUACCAACGAUACACUGGGGAAAUGAAGAAAUUGGCCUUCUUCUGGCAGAAGCUUACAGACUAAAAUAUAUGUUUGCAGACGCUCCCAACCAUUACCGCCGGUAAAAACCUGCCACUGUGGUUAAAGCACUCCAGAUAAUUUCUUCUCCUUAAAUCUUCUCUCUGAGGGACAAUAACCAUGCACUCCGUGACAUUGUCAAAAACAUAGCAGAGACUUGCAUGGUCUGCAUUUUUUUUUAAGUCAACUCCAUAACACACUCCAUAAAUUUGAGGUGUCGCUUUGGUUAUUUUGUUUUUUUCAGCGGUAUAUAAAAAUAGCACAUGGCGCCUUUGUACGUGUGCAAUAUGAGCCCCUCUCCUCAUUCAAAGACUAAUAUUCACCGUUGCCAUCAAAGUCGGUACCUUCUGGCCCUUACAGGAUUUAUGUGUAUAUUUAUGUAUCUUUAUAUGUAUAUGGAUAAAGGUGUACAUUAUUGGGAUUUAAAUGUUUGUAAAGAUGUGCCUCUAUUUAUCUUGCAGACCAAUUCAUUUCUUAGCACUUCAUGCCAUAUUUGUUUUCAAGUGGAAGAAAAUCAAGAUCUCGGUCACUUUGAUUACACGUAUGAGUAAAUAUUAAUGAAAAUCAUGUUUUAUGUGAGAGUCUGAACUGGAUAAUUAACGUGUGUAUAUUAUGAUAACUGAAUUUGAGAUUGAAUUUUAAGAUAUAAUUACUGUCAGAAUGGCCUUCACUGCAUUGAUGCUAACAAUGAAGUGGCCAACAGCCUUUCUUUAUUUUCCAGAUUAAAUGUAAAUAAAAAGGCCACAAAAAGGUGACAUUUAA